AUGUACUCAGCGCCACCUACGACUGGAAGAGACGAUUGUCUGGCAUAUGUCUCUUUGAGAAACAGAUCGCGACCUAUCAACUGGCCCCUCCUCGACAAACAGACGUCCAUUCUGACGUCCACCAACACACUGGGACGAGCCAAUGACGAAGCUGUGUGUUAUCAGGGGGACAAAGGCGAAUUUCAGCAGUACAGCAUGCUCGUAACUUUCACUCUUUACGACUCUGGCAUAAACCAACCAGAACACCCGCUGCCCCUGAUGUUCACAGGUCAACGGCUUUCCACCGGUCUUUCGGCUGACUACGUCGAAAUGCUGUAG